AUCUGAGCGUCAAUUAGGGAGAAUUUACUGCAUUCCGAAACGAGAUCCACGUAAAUCGAUAACUUCUAUUAAUUUCUAAAUAUACAAGAACAGUUUAAUCAGCGAACAAUUUAUGCGAUAUCGAAAUUUGCAGCCUGAAAUUCUUGCAUUGUUUCAUUCCGUAACAAAGUCCACGUAAGUCGAUAAUCGAACCAGCACAGACAACGUCUGUCAAUAAUGCAAUCUCGAAAGUCCAAAAGUCCGGAAAUGCCUGAGGCUCUGCAACUGUCGCCCGAGAAAAACUCUGGUCACCCGUUAUACUCGUAGUCACGUGCAUGAAACCAGCACCAAAAAUUAACCGUGCCGUGCAAAAUUUCGGGCAUAAUCGAAUCGCGCCGGUGGAAACAAAAUGGCGUCUGCUCGAGGACGCGACUUCCCGAGCAGUCGUUUAACCUUUGAACCCUUGUGUACACGGUCAGGUGGGACACAGGCACACGCGAGAGGUUCACUGAACAUAACACCACAAUACCAAACAGGCAUACAUCGACCACAACAACAACCACCACAACAGCAACAGACAAGACACACAGGCGAGACGCGAAGUGUCAAGUCACCGCACAACGGGCGCCACACAAUUAAAACACAGGGAACACUCGGGAGGAUUGUUCGUUCAGGAUAGUUGGCAGCCGUUCCGUGAGACCGGAAGUUCACCAUGUAUGUCCGACAGAUCUCGUUGAGACAGGGGGGAGCGCGGGAUAGCGACGCGACGGCAAUGUCGCGGCAGCGGGACCAAGAUGGCGUCGUCGGCGUUAGGGACCCGCCCUCCUUCAAGGUCGACGACUUCGUCCUCGAGGCGGACUUCCAGGACGGCGACGAGUUCUACAGGGAGAAGGCCGAGAAGGAGCUCAGGGAGACGCCCGAAGUCGUGCAGCAGGCCCUCAAGGACAUCAGGGUGUUGCUCCAAGGCGAGCCGAACCUUGUGGUACCGGACGACGACGAGUUUUUCCAGAAAUUCAUGCGUCCUUGCAAAUGGUACCCGAAGAGCACCUACGAACUGUUGAAGAGAUUCUACAAGUACAGGGUGAACAAUCCUCGCUAUUGUAACAAUUUGACACCCAACAACGAAAAGAAAGUUUUGUCCUCGGAAAUAUUAAUCCCCUUGCCGGAGCGCACGACUCAGGGAUGCAGGGUGCUGCUGAUCAAUGCUGGAAAGAAGUGGAAUCCUAAACAGAUCAGCAUCGAUGAGAUCUUUCGGGGAGUUAUGCUGUCGCUGGACGCGGCCAUGGCGGAACCCAAGACACAGAUCGCCGGUGUUCACGUGAUUAUGAACAUGGAGGGCUUCGCGCUGAGCCAAGUAACUUACAUCACGCCGAGUUUCGCGGCGUCGUUGACGGAGUGGGUGCAAAGAUGUCUGCCGUGUCGCCUAAAGGGCAUCCACAUAGUGAACCAGCCUUUCAUAUUCAACAUGGUCUACGCCAUUUUCAAACCUUUCCUUCUAGAGAAAACGAGGAAGAGGAUUCAUUUCCACGGGACGGAUUGGAAGUCGUUGACCUCGUACUUGAGUGCCAAAGCUCUGCCCACCGGCCUCGGCGGUGAACUGGUCCUGCCGAAAGUGCCAUUAGGCGAAGGUAUCUGCGAGUACUUCUGCUGGUUCGAGAAGGAAUUCGAAGCCUCCAACAGGAAUGGAUAUCGUUCUGCGACGACGCGAUAAGAGUUCGCUCCUGAGAUAGAGCAUGCGGUAAUCAGGAUGGUCACGUGAUCCGUGAUUCCAUCUUUUCGGCAGGAAGAAGUGGGAAACGAGGCAGAUCAUCCCUACACGAUUAGAAUUAAGAAAAGAACAUAUGGAAAACUACUUUAACUUAAUUUAAGAUUCGUUGUUAAGUCAGAACAGGAAGAAAUAAGACGCGUUCGCUGUCACCGGCUUCUAAAAAUGUCCCAGAAACGAUUAAACGAUUUUCAACAGAUCUAGAACGUCACUGAAAAUUCGUUACCGUAGAAAAUUCCACAUGCGAUGGGGAAUUUCUGUAAAGGAUAUUGUUGCUCGUGACAGUGAAGGCGUUGGCGAUGGUGCCUGUAAUAUGUUUUACGACAAAAGUCACGAAGAUUCCAUUAAAUGUGCUAUUUCGCGAAGCGACAUCGACAAACGUCCGAAGAACAGGAUCCCGAGGUUGUUACGCGUGAAAUAAAAGACGGUGUUUUGCAAAUAACUUGUA